AUGUCCCUUAUGAAUGAGACCCCUGUUGGUCGACCAUCGUUGGUGAGGAUGUCUCAAAUUUUGAUAAAUAAAAUGGAGCCUGCAGCAUUUUCUGCAGAACAAAUUCGAAUUAGACCAUUGGACUAUCAGUUACAAAACUUAUCAAUUGUUCGAAACUGUCCCUUAAGCCACAGUGGCAUAUCAGAUUACACAAAUGUAGGAGAAAUACAUAUCGAAACAGGUUCCAUUAGUUCGUACUCAGAUGCAAGGAAACAGUCAGAUCCAUCUCAAUUAAACUGGAAAAUCCUCAAGAAAGCAGAACUUGUAAAAUAUGUUACCUUGAAGCGGCGUGCUGAACUGGCGGCGGGAGGAGCCGAGUGCGCAGCUAAGGUGGUCGCCAAAGAGGCCGGGGUUGUUGGCGUGCGGACGUCGAGCCGGACGAAGGUAGGGCGGAGGAGCAGGUUGGACAGAAGUCAGAAGAAGUCGCCGUGCAAGGAGGUUGGGCCUUCCCCGGCGGUGCGGCUUUGGGCGGCAGGGCCCGCGGCGUGCGCGGCGUCGGGUGCAGCGCAGAGGGGGGAGCAGUGGAAGAGGGAGGCGGGCGAUGGGAGCGGCGGCGGGUGGGGGACGCGUGCAGGAGGCGACGGCGCAUGUGGCGGGGUUCCCUUGGAAAGAUGUCCUCCCAUGGAGUUGUUCACGACGUGGCUCCAGAUACCAGUUGUUAAUCGCUUGAUCGCUGUGCGGCUGACGGGAUCGGCUGAUGCCGAUCAGGUGGCUAGGCGCCCUGCUAGGGCUGGCUGGUCGGUGGCUGGCUGGCUGAGCCGUCGGUAG